AUGGGAGAGAGGGGCAUGGCCUGGUGGAUCUGGGCAGUGCGUAUGUCGGAAUUGGGCGGUAUGGGGAGAUCAAAUAGAGAGACGGCGGCGGCAUGGGAGAAUGGGAGAGAGGGGCAUGGCCUGGUUGAUCUGGGCAGUGCGUAUGUCGGAUUUGGGCGGCGUGGGGAUCAAAUAGAGAGACGGCGGCGGCAUGGGAGAAUGGGAGAGAGGGGCAUGGCCUGGUGGAUCUGGGCAGUGCGUAUGUCGGAUUUGGGCGGUGUAGGGAUCAAAUAG